CAGCAUGAGUCCAAAACCCAACUCUCAGGAAAUGGCCCUCACAAACAGCACUGAAAUUACAGAAUUCAUUUUGCUGGGGCUCACAGAUCUCCCAGAAAUCCAGCCUCUCCUCUUCGUGCUGUUUCUGUUUGUUUACCUUGUCACUGUCUUGGGUAACAUGGGCCUGGUGGCCCUGAUCAGCCUGGACUCCCGCCUUCACACGCCCAUGUACUUCUUCCUCAGUAACCUGGCAUUUGUGGAUCUGUGUUAUACCUCAACGGCCACCCCACAGAUGUUGACUAAUUUCUUAUCAGAUAAGAAGACGAUUUCCUUCGUUGGCUGCUUUAUCCAGUGCUACCUUUUCAUUGCCCUUCUCCUCACAGAGUUUUACAUGUUGGCAGCCAUGGCCUAUGACCGCUAUGUGGCCAUAUGCAAUCCUCUGCAUUACGGUGUGAAAAUGUCCAGGAGAGUCUGCAUUUCCUUGGCCAUAUGUCCUUAUGUCUAUGGUUUCUCAGAUGGGCUGUUCCAAGCCAUCCUGACCUUCAGAAUGACCUUCUGUAAAUCCAAUGUCAUCAACCACUUCUACUGUGCUGACCCUCCACUCAUUAAGCUGUCUUGUUCUGAUACUUAUAUAAAAGAACAUGCCAUGUUAAUAUCAGCUGGUUUCAACCUCUCCAGUUCCCUCACAAUCAUUCUGGUGUCUUAUAUUUUCAUUAUUGCUGCCAUCCUAAGGAUCAAGUCAGCUGAAGGAAGGCGCAAGGCAUUUUCUACCUGUGGUUCCCACAUGAUGGCUGUCACAUUAUUUUAUGGGACUCUCUUCUGCAUGUAUGUAAGACCACCCACUGACAAGACUGUUGAGGAAUCCAAAGUAAUCGCUGUCUUCUACACGUUUGUAAGUCCAAUGCUGAAUCCCUUGAUCUACAGCCUGAGGAAUAAAGACGUAAAGCAGGCCUUGAAAAAAAUUUUUAGACAAAAAGUUAUCAGGACAGCAGUGAUGCCUCGGUUUUUCAAUAAGCUGAAACUAUAAUUUGGCAUGAAUAAAACUGUAUUUAGAUGACUUUUUAGUAUUCUCUGUGGCC